AUGUCCUUCCUCUUUCGUGGCAAUGGUGCGAAGAACCCAGCCACCUAUCUUUUUAUAGGGCUUUUUCCAAAUCUCUCUAGAUACCUAUCUGGAAGACCAAGAUAUACCACGCAGCAGCUUGCCCAAGCCACUUCCUCCACAGUCUCCACUAAAGCCCAAGAUGUGACUGUUUCGGAUAAUGGCGCUCUCAGAGAGCAAGGAUCUCUCAAGAAGGGCGUCACAAAGGCCGCCAUCGAGAAAGCCGCUCCUCGGUUCAUCUCUCCACAUCCUUUGGUAAACUUCGCAGAAGUGCCUGCCAUCUGCAGAGUACAUUCAGGUGAUCUUGUUGUGGGCCACGUGUUUAACCCUCAACAGCCACUGUUCUUGUGUGAGGCUGUGUCACCGUCUCCCAAAUUCUCCGAAGUAGAAGCAGAGUCCUCAUCAACUGGAGGAAGCUUCAGCACGCCGACUCAGGCUCUAUCAACCUUUCAACAGUCCUCCGGAGUCGGAACAGAGCCUUUGUCAGCUGAAGGAAGCUUUGACAGACCCGCCCAAUCAUGGCGCCCCGACUUGUCUGCGGGUUUUGGCUUCGAGUCCGGGAAGUGUCUCAACCGUCACAGCAUACUGAGUUUCCCACUUAGUCACAGCCGCAACAUCUCGACCUCUUCAAACGAGACACUGGUAUGGAAUCCGAAUGACCAAUCCUCUACGCCGUCUCCAGUAACUUCAGAGUUCGGCAACGUGCUGCAAGACACGGCUGAGAAGAUCAUCCACGAGGAGCAAGCUGAUGAAAUCCACCGACUGGAGGAAACUGUCGAAGAACUGAGAGUAGAACUCGCUGACCAAGCAGAGCAAGCAAAGGAGCUCGAAAUUGAUAUGGGCAUUUGCGAGAGAAACCGAGAGCUUAGCUUCAAUACGGCUCUACGACUCUAUCGAAACCCGGGGAUUUCAGUUUUGGUGGAGCGACAUAAUCUGAUCGACCAGAUUGAUCAGCUGAGGUUCGAGGUUAGAAACCGGGAUGCCCAGAUCUGGCUCCGCGACCAGUGCAUCGAGACUUUACGAUUAGAUGUUGCUCUGUAUGCUAAUAAGGAGCAUUGGAUCCGCCUGCAACAAUGCUACUAUGCACUUCAGCAACAGUACGGACAGAUGCCACAAGACUUCAAGAAGCUCGAGCAGAAGUACGAAGAUCUCGAGGAUGAGCACAUCGAUGUCGCGAAUAGACUCAAGAAGCUUGAAGCAGAUCACACUGAGCUGAAGGCUCAACACAAUCAGAUUAGGAAUGAGAGAGAUCGGCUGGAAGAUGAUGCUGAGAAGAGUGCUAGAGCCCAUGAGCAAUUCCUGGCAGGACUGGCAGCUCGAAUGUUUCAGCGAAUAAUAUUCAUGACGGGCGUCCUUAAUAACAUGGACGUGGACUCGAUGGAUAACGAGCAGAGAGCUCUCUGCCAGCUUGCGUACGAACACCUUGGCCCAGAUGCAACAGAAAGCGCCACAAGCUGCGAGAACACGGGAGCCAAUGGAUGUGCAGAGGUUGAAGAGGAGCGUGAGAGCGGUGUGCCAGAAACCCACGUCGGCGACGUUCCCUCAUUGGUGUCCACGUCCGAGUCCAACGAUCGCGAAUCCACCUUGCCCAGCGCAGGAGCCGACGGUAGCUCAACAUCCGCUAAAUUUGACUUGAGAGACAUGUCCGAGUCGCCCAAUACCUUCGACGCGAGGAGACGGCGUGAAGUUGCUGCGGCCGAGGACAAGAUACUGGGACCGUUGGGAUUGGUCUUCGAAAAUGGCAGUCCCACGUUGAAGAGCAAGCCGAUUUCUGAGGGUUCCAAGUCUUCCAAGGUGUCGAGAGUAACGAGCCGAUUCCCAAACUCGCCAAGUACUCCAAGCAAGACAUUGAGAGCCCUCUUGACGUCCGGUGCGGAUGACAUCGACCAAGUCACGCCUGCUCGAACUGGCGGCACAUCUGGUAUCGCGCGAGAUCAAUGGGAAAUUGCUGGUAACGAACUUCAAGGAUUUACCGAAGUCUUCAGAGGCCCACGCGCGCAGCCGAUUGAUCUCGUGUCGCCACGUGUAGGAUGGAAGGAAGCAGAAGAUGACGGUCGAUUCAAGGAAGAUAAUUUCUCUCAAGUGUCCGAAGAAAAUGCAUUCUUAAGCACCAAUGAGAGUUGUAUGCAUGACAAUUGUCUGGUGGAAGAGAUGGAAGUGGGAAGCGACCUCGAUGAUGCCGAAGACGGGGCGGUACUUGAAGGCGACGAUGAUAAGACCGGCGGAUCAAGAGAAGAGAGUGGGGACGAAGAUAGCCGUCGUGAUACCGCUGCAGUCUUGAAUCAGUCUACUGAUUCCGGAGGCCAUGAACGCGGUUUCGGCGGUGGCAAGCUGGAGCAGGAAUCCUUGGACUAUGAGAAUCCUCUCAUCACAUCGCCAGCUGCAGCUCUCAAGCCAGAGACGAGUGUGGGAUUCUCUACUUUCAAGUCAUUCCCAAGAAUACGAUUGAUGGAAGGCUCUUCAGUGUUCCAUGAUCUUGGAGUACGCAACGAAGCCAUACACAAAGAGGCAUAUGCCAUUGCAAGCCUUCCUAAAGAGGCUUUCAACGCCCCUCAGUUUCAGAACUUCAACUUUGGGGGAAGCAGUGGCGGGGUCCGUUUCAUUGGACACGAAACAAAAUCUCUACCCCCGCAAGGACCAACCUCUGAGCCUACAUCAAUUGGCUUAUUCAACUUCUCCAACACACUCAUAGCCCAGGCUCCUAGAACUGCUUGUGACCCUCUACCGUUUCAGCAGGACUUCAAUUUUGGCGGGAGCAAUGGCGGAGUCUCAUUCACUGCAAAUGAACUGAGAUCCUCAAACCUACCAGCGGCAGCCACUGUACUUGGAUUGGCCGGUGCAUCUUCGGUCGUAGGCACGUCCUUGGCCCAGAAAAUUCCCUCGGUGCUUGCCCAAGCCGAGGAGAAGGCGCCAAAGGAAGAGAUCUCGAACAAUGCUACCGUCGAGAACCAUGGCACGGAGGAGGACGCGUUGGCUCCGAGUACGCCCAAACAGAAGAAGGCCAAAGGAAAGAAGGCCAAGGAGGCGGCGCCGAAGAACGAGGAGCCCAAGGUGGAGGGCCCAAAUCGAGCGCAGCGACGGGCCGCAAGUCGAGAGCGGAAAGCAGCAGAGAAGAAGGCCAAGGCCGUAGCGAACGAUGCUACGCGACGAGGCAGGAGCGCCGUGGCAGCGGCAAUGAUGAGAGGUUGA